CUUCAAUGGCAUAUCAUUUCCUAGUUCACAUUUAGAAAAACAAGUUGUCAAAAAAAUGGAUUUUAAAUCGCUCCUUCUCAUCGCCAUCCUUGGUUGUUACUUUUGCGCUGUAACCCAUGUCUCCGGUGAUUGUUAUUUCAGUUUUCCCAAAAAUGAUUCGAACAGACCGGUAUUGUAUAAGAAAAUCGGUAGUCGUAAGACUUUGAUACACACCGAUGGAUUGUCUCGUUAUGAUAUAAAUGAUGGCGAGGUAAUAACCAUUGAUUGUGAGACGCGUAUUCUCAGUCCCAUUGAAGGCGAAGGCCUACGAAGUUUUGACUUAAAUUGUACCGACAGCCGCAUGCCAGUAUUCGGUUAUCCGGUUAGCAAUAUCAAGGUUUGGUGCGAUUCGGUUAAAUGGAAUUUAUAUGAAAGUUCAGAACACUUUGACUGGUGCCCCCCGCCGAUGUCAUCGUAUCUUUUGGCCCGACCUUUGGAUAAUGUCUACGAAUAUUUAGCCGGUGUUUGUUACAACUUUGAGCAACAACAAAUCCAGUCAUUAUAUAAUGCUGCCGGCUACCAGUUUUCAAAAUAUAAGCAUCCAUCACGCCUUGAAAACUAUUCCCCGUUAGUGGAAAUAAAGGAUAUACCUAAAAAAUUUAUACCUCGUCGCAUCGAUGCCUCCCAAUUCAGUAGCGAGGAAACCCGAGAAUUUAUGCAAUUUGCCAAAUAUGAAAAUCAUGCCGUAAUACAGGAUCCACAAUUAUAUAAAGAUUAUUUUGAUAGAUUUGGUGGCCUAUUGGAAAUGGAUUGGUGGCCAAGUUUACGUUUGGGCAAUUGGUAUUUCUACGAGAAGGCUCUGAGACAGCACAUUGAAGACGACAAGGCAAUUUAUGAUAUUUUAGCUGGGGUGUCGGGAGCAGUUACUGUACCCUCUCAAAACAAAAUACAUCCUAAAAAUUACACAAUGAUCGAUAUGUUCUAUGGCUAUAAUCAAAGGGUGCCCCUCUAUGUGUGGCACUAUUUGAAGUCACCGCGGGAAAAUGGCAAAGAUUUGGUUGUGAUUGGUGUCAAUUCGGCAUUCAUUGAUUUCUACAACGAUGAAAAUGAUUUGAUUUUCUGCACCGACAUUUGCCAUCAAAUCGAUUGGUUGAAAAUGGUUCGUUCCACGUUCCGUUACAAGACAAUGGGUCUGAUAUUCUGUUGUGAUGUCAAUGAAGUAAGACGUUCGAGCCAUUUGGAAGGAUUUCCCUUGGCAUCGGAAUAACUAAAUGUUUGAAAAUAACUCCGGCCCGCGAUCUUUGAAAUGGGCCAACGAGGAAUAUGAUAAUUUUUUGGAAUCAAUAUUUAUGAAAUCAAAUAGUUGAGAAUUAGCUCUAUAUUAUAUUAAAAAUCAUAUAUUUUUCGAAUAAUAUUUAAGCACAUUCAAUAAAUAUUUACAAAAAUCAA